UUCAUUCGAAGGAAGUGGCAGAGAGGCAACUCAAACGACGGAGAAGAGUUUGUUGUUUAUUCUGCGUUUAGAGAGGACAAACAGGCCCAAAGCCUUAUCAACAUGUCGGGAUUUGAUAGCAACCCGUUCGCAGAUCCUGCCGUUGACAAUCCUUUCAAUGACCCGUCGGUAACACAGGUGACCAGCGUCAACAUAGAGCCAGUGGAUCAGUUCAACCCUUUCCCUGCUAAUCCCACAGACAACCUAGCAACUCAUACCACAUCAGCCUCCACCACUCCCUACCAGCCCGCCGUGUUACAGCCAUCCACAGAGCCCAGUUCACAGGCGACUGCUGCUGCAGCUCAGGCCAAUCUGCUGAGGCAGCAGGAGGAGCUGGAGAGGAAAGCUGCGGAGCUGGACCGCAGAGAGCAGGAACUGCAGAGCCGGGGCCCCACAGGUAAAGCGAACAACUGGCCUCCACUCCCCAAGAGCUUCCCCAUCAAGGCGUGUUUCUAUCAGGACUUCUCAGAGGAAAUCCCCGUCGAGUACCAGAGAGUCUGCAAGAUGAUGUACUAUCUCUGGAUGUUCAACUGUGUGACUCUGUUCCUCAACCUGCUGGCGUGUUUGGCGUAUUUCACCACCGAUGCCUCGUACGGGGUGGACUUCGGCCUCUCAAUCCUCUGGCUCAUACUCUUCGCUCCCUGCUCCUUCCUCUGCUGGUACCGGCCCGUCUACAAGGCCUUCAAGACUGACAGCUCCUUCAGCUUCUUCUUCUUCUUCUUUGUGUUUUUCUGCCAAGUGGCGGUCUUCAUCAUCCAGAGUGUAGGCAUCCCCAAGUGGGGCAACAGUGGUUGGAUCGCUGCCUUCACUAUCAUCAGCACCAACAAGGCGGUGGGAGCCAUCAUGAUCAUCGUGGCGAUCCUCUUUACCAUCUGCUCCGUGCUCUCCAUCAUCCUGCUCAAGAUGGUCCACAGCAUGUACCGCCGUACCGGGGCCAGUUUUGUGAAGGCGCAGCAGGAGUUCUCGCAGGGCGUCCUCACCAACAAAACCUUCCAGACGGCUGCUUCUGGAGCGGCAAGCUCCGCCGCACAGGGAGCCUUCCAGGGAAACUAAGGUCUAUAUGUUAUCAAGUCGAGAUGAUUCACUAAAUCAGAGCUGAAUGUAUCAGGAAGCUGAGGUUCACUGAGAACUUCCUGGGUGUUAUCGGAGGCGGCAGGUUUUAAUCUCACUUUAUAACGUACAGACCUUGAGCUAGGUGAGUCUACAUGAUUAGCCUCCCUCCUUUCACUCCCACUGUCAAUGCACAUGUAACUCCCCAUGGUAACUUUUUCACCUCCAGCAUGUCUCCUGCCUGCAUCGGCUCUGUAUGUAAAAAGCAGUCCAGAGGGGGGGAAGUAACACAUCAAGUGCAUUAUGGGGUGGAAAGCAUGAAUGAAGUUGACUGAUAGCUAUUUCGUUUGUCCCGGCUUUGUAUAUUUUUGGUGCACUUUUUUGGCAAUGCUCUUCAGUGUAAUAUAAGCGUGUGUGCGCCCGUGCGUGUGUGUGUGGGCGCGCGCGUGCGUGUGUGUGUGCUGGCAUGCUGAUCACAUGUCUUCUUGUGGGCGCAGUACGCUUUUGUUCCUCCACACUAGUGGACCCUGAUCCUGUAAUAUAAAUAAUGGAAGUGCGUUGUUCUGUCUCAAACGAAUUCUCUUUGUUGUUGAAAAUAUUUUUGGCAAACCAUCUCUUAAGUGUGCUGCAAAAUUAAUAACGAACAAAAUUAUAAUUCAUGCUCUUAAUUGUGAUCUGCCUGGCCUUAGAUUCGGGGAAAUGACUGUAAAUAUGAAUUCAAAUCUGAGGUUAAUUAAAAAAAAUCCCCAUCCCUUUGAGAGUGCAGUACAAUGUUUUAAACAUGUGCCUUUAACUUUUCUCUGGAACCAAACUCAGAAAAUGUGUUGAAAUACUGUAUAUUUUGGUAUUUGGUAUCACAUAAGACCAAUUUCUACAUUAACAUCCGACCAUAGAGUACUCUGCUUUUUUCCUGCUUGUAAACAGCUAAUUUAAUUUCUUUUUUAAUUAAGAAUAUGGAGGAAAUAUACAAUUAGAGAUCAUUUGAUUUCACUCUGCAUCAGAUUUUUGUUUCCUAUAAUAUACAUGAUUAUGAUGCUGCUUCCAAUUCUUCUUCGCUCACUGCCUUUCAAGAUUCAUUUCCUAAGAAACCAAAGCAUUUCUGACUCGGAAAUGGAGCAUUUUGCUGAUGAAAUGGAAUAAAAGUAGAUGCUAUAAUGGGCUGAGCCUAUUCAUUUGCUUUCAAUGCUUAUACUCGGAGACAAAACUGUUUAUUUUAUCACGUAGAUUAACAGUAUGGAAAUCAGUCGCUGUGGAAAGGGAAAAACAUCUCAAACUGUACCCCUCUAUUCAGGUUUGUAGUGUAUCUGAUUUUCAUUUUAUUCUAGAACGGUAUAAAGUUAAACGUACCCUUCUUUAACGAGAACCAGCCUCCAAACAUCACCAGUAUGCAGAUAUGGUAUUGUAUUUUUAAUAAAUUCUUUGCAUCUUGAAAGAGUUUCAGCUCGCUCUGUCUACUUGAACCAAGUCAAAGACGCCCUAAAUUAUUUUUCGUACUGAUGUAUAUUUUCUACAGGAUUCCUUAUAUUAAACAACAUGCACACGUGUUGUUUUCAUAUACUGUUUCAAAAACAUCCACUUCAAUUCAUCUCCUGUUUAUGGUUUAGUCUUCAUUACACAACACAAGAUCUGUAUUCAUUCACACAUCACUGUUUGCGUUGAUAUGACAGAAAAUAAUUCAGUGCCUUCUGUAUUUCAAUAUUGGAUUCAUCAUCUAAUAAAAUGCUUUGCUUUCA